AUGGGAUGUCUGCGCUUCCGGCAAUGUCUCUGUCUCUUGAAUAUCAUGUCGACAUCCUUGCAAAGCUUCGCAGACAUCCCAGUAAACCGCGAGGCAGUCCAGAAUCCAGCACCACCGCCGACUCUGGCCAGCUCCAUUUCCAGUUCCAGGCCCAGUCAUGCUGCCCACAAGCCCACCGCCCCAAUAAAACACUACACCAGCUUAAAGACGAUCCACGCCGCAGAGUAUCACCGAAAACAUGCGGAGCUCAGCAGGAGGCUUGGGUCGCCGAUUGUUGACCGCUGUGGGAACAAUGAUCCUGUUUAUCCAUCCCACUAUGAUGGAGAAGCGACGAUCGAGUUUGAUAAGAUGCAGGAUAUAGAGACUACGCACCGGCUUGUUACGGAUGGCCAUCUAGAUCACUAUGACGGCUACCAACGACUCAAGCAGAUUGAGACGCGAGCACAACGGUACACGAAAAAGAUCCGCGUCCUGGCUUUCGGACCUGCUUGCAUGGCAAUCAGCUUGUUCGCUUUUAACGCACAGCCUUGGGAUCUACUUCCGACCUUUAUUCUCGGAUGCGUGCUGGGAUGGAUGCAGCUGGUCGUGGCAACAAAGUCCAGGGCGUUUGCGGACCUGUUCCCUUUUCUCGUGGCCGUUUCCAUUACCGUUGCCUCCCUUAUCCUGGGCUCAGUGUUCCCGAAGUUUCACUGGACUGCCAUUGCUGAGGGUACCAUUGCGAUCGUCCUACCGUCCUACACCAUGUUAGUUGCAACUGGAGAGGUGUUGAAGGGCCAGAUCGUUCCUGGCAGCAGCCGUAUCGCCAGCGCAGUCUUCUACACCAUGAUGUUGAGUUUUGGUAUCGGCAGUGGCAGAGUGAUGUACGACCUUUGCAGCCAAACUCCUUCCAGUGCCAUCCCCGGGAGCAAUCUUGAUGUAUGGAGUGGCUUCCUACCGAUGAACAAAGUGACAACGGGCGCUGUAAACGUUUUGGCAAUAUCAGUGUUUACCAUCUUCAACUCCAUCAUACUUCAAGCACGCUGGACGCAACUGCCAGGCAUGGUUCUGGUGGCGUCGUCUUUUGUGCUGAUCAACCACUGGGUCAAUGUCGAAACUGGCAUGGAAGGCCCUGUCUUGAACAUGGUUGGAGCGUUCUUUUCAAGCCUUCUGGCACAGAACCUUGGGCCUUGGACAAGAGACAGGGUGAUUAUCUUGGUGACGCCAACGCUGUUUUUCUCGGUUCCGGGUGGUCUGCUGGCUAUAGACGGUGGGUAUGUGGACUUUUUAAGUGGCGGGAGUGUCUUGGUCGACCUUCGAACAAUAAUGGCCGUCUUAGAGGCCUCGGUCGGCAUCUGGGUCGGGUUGAGGUUGGCAUCGUUGUUGAACGAUGCCUGGCGAAGUCAAAGGAGAUGCCUAUGUGGAAGGAGAAUAUGA